ACCUCUCCUCGCCAUCCCAUACCGAUCCCGGCCCGCCGGAUCGAUACCCAACCUCAACGCAGACCUCUCACCCGAAUCCACCCGGCAAAGGAAGACGUGAAACAACAAACGACAGCGACAAUGGGUGCCGGAGGCGACGCCGGCACGGGCGCCUUCUACGAUGCCGCACUGCACAGGCGGCAGGCGCUCAUGGGCAAGAGCGGGCCCUCAGCCUUGAUCAAGAACUUCCGCGUCUUCCGCAUCGCCGCCUUUGCCUGUAUCGGCGGUGUGCUGUACGGCUACAACCAGGGCAUGUUCUCGGGUAUUCUGGCCAUGCCGUCCUUCAACAACCACAUGGGCGAGUACACGACGAACCAGACAAAGAAGGGGUGGCUGACAGCCAUCUUGGAGCUCGGUGCUUGGCUGGGAACGUUGCUUUCGGGCUUCCUUGCCGAGACGCUGUCGAGAAAGUACGGCGUGCUGGUGGCUUGCACCGUGUUCAUGGUCGGCGUGGUCGUCCAGGCGACUGCACAGAUGAACGGACACAAUGCCAUUCUGGCGGGGCGGUUCGUGACCGGUAUGGGCGUUGGGAGUCUUGCCAUGAUUGUCCCCCUCUACAACUCGGAGGUGGCGCCCCCUGAAGUACGCGGAGCGCUGGUGGCGACGCAGCAGUUGGCCAUCACCUUUGGCAUCAUGAUCAGCUUCUGGAUCGACUACGGCACCAACUACAUUGGCGGCACCACCCCAGAGACGCAGUCCGACGCCGCGUGGCUGGUGCCCAUCUGCCUGCAGCUCGCGCCGGCCAUCAUCCUGUUCGUCGGCAUGAUCUUCAUGCCCUUCUCGCCGCGCUGGCUGAUCCACCACGGACGCGAGGACGAGGCACGCGGGGUGCUGUCCCGGCUCCGCGGCCUGCCGGAAGACCACGAGCUGGUCGAGCUCGAGUUCCUCGAGAUCAAGGCGCAGUCGCUGUUUGAGAAGCGCACCGUGUCCGAGCUGUUCCCCCACCUGCGCGAGCAGACGGCCUGGAACGUCUUCCGGCUGCAGUUUGUCGCCAUCAAGAAACUGUUCCAGACCCGGGCCAUGUUCAAGCGCGUCGUCGUUGCGACCGUGACCAUGUUCUUCCAGCAGUGGACGGGCAUCAACGCGGUGCUGUACUACGCGCCCUCCAUCUUCGAGCAGCUCGGCCUGGCCGAGAACACCAUCUCGCUUCUCGCCACCGGCGUGGUGGGGAUUGCCAUGUUCCUCGCCACGAUCCCGGCCGUGCUCUGGAUCGACCGGGUCGGGCGCAAGCCGGUGCUCACCAUCGGCGCCAUCGGCAUGGCCACGUGCCACAUGAUCAUCGCCGUGAUCGUGGCCAAGAACAUCAACCAGUGGCACGACCACGCGGCGGCCGGCUGGGCCGCCGUGUGCAUGGUCUGGCUGUUCGUCGUGCACUUUGGCUACUCGUGGGGCCCCUGCGCCUGGAUCAUCGUCGCCGAGAUCUGGCCGCUCAGCACCCGCCCCUACGGCGUCGCCCUGGGCGCCUCGAGCAACUGGAUGAACAACUUCAUCGUCGGUCAGGUCACCCCGGACAUGCUGGACGGCAUCACCUACGGCACCUACAUCCUGUUCGGCCUGCUGACCUAUAUGGGUGCCGCCUUCAUCUGGUUCUUCGUGCCGGAGACGAAGCGGCUGACGCUUGAGGAGAUGGAUGUUGUCUUCGGCUCCGAGGGCACAGCGCAGGCCGACCUUGAGCGUAUGGAGGAGAUCAACGCUGAGAUCGGCCUCACCCAGCUCCUCCGCGGUGACAGCGUGGUAUCCACAACCGUUGGGGAAAAGAACCAGGUCGAGAGUACUGAAAAGGUCUGAUGGAUGCUACUAGGUACUAGUUGAGGAUAUUGACCAUAUACGGCAAGGAGUUUGACUCUGCCAUUGUUGUGGAUAUCAGU